AACAUGUCUUGUAAAAACAUAAUGUAAAUAACGAUAAAGAAUUGUUUAAUCUAAAAACAAUUUCCUCGGUGGAGUUCCGAAAUUUAUCCUUCAGGGGAAAUUUUUUUUUUUUUCUCUCUUAUUAAUUAAGAAUCGCAGAUAUAGACAACAAGAAUAGGAACGGUAGUAACAUCAACUAUUACAAUAACAAGAGUGAUGAGAAAUGUUGAACAUAUAUAUAAACUAAUGCUUGAAAACAAGCAAAACAAUGAAGCAACGAAGUAACUGCGAAUUAAUGAAAAAGCUUCGAAGUGGUUACGUUAUCUGCAAGAAAUAGCAGUCAAAUCUCCCUUAACUUACAAGCUGCUAUCCUGACGGGAAACAACAACAACAACAACAACAAAAAACGGUUGAGUGGGGGGAGAUUUAACACGUGUCUUAUGUUAUAAUCCCAGACAAGCAAGCAAUUCCCGAGAGAAAAAAAUGAACGGAAAUGGGGUUCAUAGCUGGAAGGCCUUUGGUCGUAAGUUCUGGUCUCUGCUUGAUCAACGGUAACUAAGAAUUAAAGAACAGAAAUCAAGAACAAAAAUAUUAGAAUCAGCAACAGGGAGCCGACGUGGGGAGACUAAAUAUGUGGUCGUUUGGAUAUUCGAUAGAAUAGCCGCAAAGUUCCCCUACCAAAUUGUACCCGAAGAUCCUUUCUUAAUUUUUUUUCUCUGCAAAAAAAAAAAAAAAAAAAAAAGAUAUAUUUGAUAAUAUAACUAUAGAAUACACCGAUGGCAUUGUCGUGACUGGAACGCUUUUUUUUUUUCAAACGCAAAAUUUCGGAUUAGGCACUUUAAUAUAUUCCAUGUGAAAGGAAAAGAAACGCAAUUUUUGACCAUUGGAUACCUUGAAAAAUUAGAAGUGUAAAAGUUCCUACCCUGCGAUUAUUGAAGAUGGAUUUUAGUUUUAACCAGUAAUACAACUUGCUGUAAUCUUCACCGACUAAAUGCUGCCGGAAACUGUCCUUGAUGGGUUUCCGAGAUGACUUGCAGUUUUGGCAAACCUUUCCCUGCCCUCCACCCUGGAAUAAGGACCUUUUCUUCCAAGUUAACUGGACUCGCUGCCUGGGUGUGCAUACCGGCUGCGAAAUACAACAUGCAGUGGCCAAGAGAUGUGAUAUCAUUGUCAACGAUGUGCAGGAAUGCAACGACAUUCACAUGGCAGGUGCCACAAACGCUUUGGAAGCAUGUAAUCAGGAAUGCCGACUCAUUAUCGGUUUUGUCGUUGUUAUCGUCGUUGCUGUGGUUGGAGCUUCGUAUCUCGUCUGCAAAUUCUUCUGUAAGAAGAAGUCUUCAGGGAGUCCAAGUCAUUUAACUGCCCUGAAACCUGCUGCAAACACCUUUUAUUCAGGAAGACAAUUUCAGGCUGGAUCGAAAGAUGCUAUAUCUGAAGUACAACUUCCUAAAGAUGAAGUAAUUGCCAAUACCGCUACUCUAAGCAGAGAGAACAACUCCUAUGACAGCUUAAACCACGUGUACAAGGAUGCACGCCUGCAUCGCCACCAACAUACACAUCGCUCUGGUGGGAGAGCAAGUGGACAUCCCUUACCCGUUAGUGCUAGCUUUUCAAGCUAUAAGAAGCUGUCUGAGGAGACUCCCUCCCCUAAGAGCACGUCCCCUACGUCUGGCUGUACUGUCAAUGAUUCCGUGUUUGAUGACCGAUCGCAGCGUCACGACUCCAGCACACCCAUCAGUGGUGCAACAGAACCCGGCGGAAAGCUUCCAGUUAAUGUCAUAGAAAACUACUACUACUACCCAGGUAGUAUACCAGGGUCCGAUAGCAGUGCGCCCGAAGGCGGCGGUGUAUAUUUUGAUGAUGAUAGUGCCGAAGAUGAAUUACAACAUCCUCAGAGAGAUCUGAUAUACGGUGAGGGACCCAGAAUGAGAAACGAAAGUAUCCAAGUAGGUGCGAGCAGUACUUUAGCUAUGAAGGGUCCGAACCACCAUUAUGGCCGUGACCCCGAUGAUAGCGAGAUUCACUGUAAUAGCUAUGGUGUGUACGAAGAUCUUGAUCAACCGCGACCGUACGACUGGGACGACGAAGACAAUAUGCGCCACGGCUACGCACAAUCUGCUUCUGACACACCUGAAGUAAGCUAUUGCUAUGGUAGGGGUGUACGACAAAACGACAGAUUCAGACACAGGCCUCAAACUAUAGCCAGGUCACGCAGGAACGUGUACGAGUACCCUGACAUGGAUCACAGGGAAUUGCCGCCACUUCCUCCGCCGCCACCACCGACUUUUAUGCCACGGCUAGGAACGGUAGUGACGCCUUCGAAAAGUCACUACCACCAUUAUCAUUAUCCGUCGCGCCAAUCGUUGGAAGAUGACGGCGAGAGAACGCUGUACGUGCGCCGACAUCCCCAUCACACGCCCGAAAGUAUCAUGUUGCGAGGUCUGCCACCGACUCCGAGGAACCACUACGAAUAUCCCGGGGUCGAUGUCGACUGUCGUGGGUUGACGCUACCGCCUCCACCACCGCCACCACCACCACCACCGCCGCCCCCAACUGGAAAUUCGCGACAACAAAAUAGUCGACGGCCAUCGCUUAUGAAGUUGCUUUGCCUUGUAUCUUCCACGCCACCAAACAAAAAUGUAACCGAUUGACAUGUCACUCUAAACCACCUCAUGGCACCAAAGUACCCAAUAAUGGUCUGUUCUAUAUAGAAUAACAAACAAAGUAAUUGAAUAUAUAACAAACAAAAAAAAAACGGCGACUAAUUUAGAGCCUUGUUAUAUAUACGAAUAGGCUGCUAUUUAUAGCACCAUAGAAAGAGGUUGGGAUAGAGAUUGAGAAGAAGGGAGCUGAGAAAGCGAAACAAGCGCCAGAAAGAUAAGAGAAAUUGUGUGAGUGUGCGUGCAUGCCAGGAGAGGAAAGAGAAGUAGUAGAAGUUGAGAUUAUAUGGAUUAAAAAGAAGAAAAAAAAAGAGGGAUGAAAGAAAGAGAGAGAGAGAGUGAGAGGAAGUGUUUGUGUUCAUGUGUGAGUGUAAGAGAGAAUGUGAGAGAGAGAAAAAAACAAGAGAGAGAAAGAGACGAGAAGCGAGAUGCUCAAUCUUAAGAUAUACAGUAAGUCACAAAAAAAAAAUGGUGAAUCCAGCUAAUAAUAGCCUUCUUAUUGUCUUUUCAAUUACAGCGUUGCAAAA